CUUUCCUUUACGCCUAUUUAAUUCCAUUUUCUCUCUCUUCUCCUUCUUCUUCCUCCUCCUUAACUAAACCUCAUUCUUGUGAAAAAAAAUUGUGUUAAGUUUCUUUAUUUCAUGGAUAAUGACUACUUCUCUAAUGGUGGAAUGCAACCACCCUUCCAUUUUGAACCCAAAAUUCCAUUAAAUUCCCUACCUUCACCUCAAGAACCAAAUUCAGAUUACUUUCUAAACACUCAUUGGGCUACAGAUAAUCAAUACACCCAUUUCGAUUCAGCUUUGAGUUCCAUAGUUUCACCUCCAGUAAUCUCCAACUCUGUAAAUUCCAAUUCAUCGAUCUGCGAAUUAAUUGGUAAAUUGGGUUCAAUUUGUAGCUCUCCUUCAACCCAAUUUACUAAUAGUAGUAAUAAUAUGAAUAACUGUGAUUCGACUAGAACUUCGUGUUAUACUACACCCAUGAACUCUCCUCCAAAAUUACAUAUACCCAUAAUGAACCAAAUGGGAAAAGAUAAGUUACCCAAUUUAGGGGAUUCAGUUAUUAUGAAUUCUCCCCCAUUUUCCCCUCUUUCAGCUGCUAAAUUUUCUUGUUUUGGUAGCCGUAGUUUCAAUGGAAGAACGAGUCAAUUUGAGCUGAACAACGAAGAAUCGUGUUAUGGAUCUGGUACUGGGGUUUUGGGGAGAGGAAAUUUGAGUAGAAUAUCGAGUAGCCCUUGUUUUGUACAAAACAAAAAUUCAAGCCUAAUGACGUGUGACAGAUUGAAUUUGGGCAGAAUUUCAGGUCCUAAUGAAGAAUGUUCUGUUUCUGAGCAAAACCCAAGUGGUGAAGUAGGGUCAAAAACAAGAAAUGCAUUGAAUUUAAGGAAAAGAAAAGCAGUGAAAUCAAAGAAUUAUGCGCCAAUUGUAGAUGAAACUGAAGAUGGUACAGGAAAAAAGAGAUCAAAAUCAACAGAAGGUAAUGGAACUGUUAAAAUGGAGGAACAAAAGGGCAGUGAAAGUGAAGAAACUGAGAAAGAAGUAAAGGAAAACCAAAAGAUGGUGGAGCCACCAAAGGAUUACAUUCAUGUUAGAGCAAGAAGGGGGCAAGCCACUGAUAGCCAUAGUUUAGCUGAAAGAGUCCGUAGAGAGAAGAUCAGUCAAAGAAUGAAGCUUUUGCAAGAUCUUGUACCAGGCUGUAACAAGGUGACUGGAAAAGCAUUGAUGCUCGAUGAAAUUAUAAAUUAUGUCCAGUCACUCCAACGCCAAGUUGAGUUCUUGUCUAUGAAGUUGGCUUCAGUGAACCCAAGAAUGGAUUUUCACAUAGACAAUCUCCUUCACAAAGAAAUAUGUCAACCAAAUGGCUCUUUGCAGCAACAUGUAUUCCCAUUAGAUGGAUAUGGCGAAAAUCUUGCUCAGCUUCCCACAAUAUGUGAGGAUGACCUCCAAAGCAUUGUUCAGAUGGAAUUUAAUCAGAACUCUAACCAGGAUCUGAUUUUGCAGUCACAGACAUUCCCUGUGCCUAAUUCUGAAUCUCACAUGAAAAUUAAGAUGUAGUCACCAUCAUUUGUGCACAAUUUAAGGCCCCCACAGGAGAAAGAGACUGCUGUAUAUAAGCAGAGAGAUUUUUAGUUUAAUCUGCUUCAGAAAUUGCUAAUCAACAAGAUUAGGAUUAGUAUUAAGGGAAUUAUUUCCCCUCUUAUUGUAAUCUAUAAUUGAUUUGAACAUUCUAAUUUUUGCUUUUGUUGAGCUAUUAUAGUAUUUACUGUAUAAUGUUAAUAUCAUCUCAUGUAAGAUAGGAGUAUUUCUCUGUAAAGCAACGAAAGAUGUAGAUCUUAUUACAA